AUGUCGUUUUCCAAUUUUCGAAAAAAGUUGCAUUAUUCUAAAACUCCUUCUAAAUCUCUGAAUAUUGAGGAGAUAGAACGUAUUGUCUCUGCAGCAAAUGAGGUUCCUUGCAGUGAAUUAUUAAAGAGCAUUUCAAAUUCAACUGUAGUUAUUAAUUCCUGCUGCUUUGAUUUUACUAUUAGAUGCUUGCAUUCUCAUGAUUUAUCUUCAGACGACAAAUCAAAGGUCUUCAGUCUUUUGGAAAAUAAUAUGAAGCAUUUAUAUUUAAAAUCAUCAUGGGGUUGGGAUGAAGAAUCCAAAUUUAAUGAGAUGUUCGCUCCGGAAUCUCGCCUUUUGCUUUGUUAUCCCACCAAGUCUAAGCAAAUUUGUGAUAUUGGUCGACAUAAAAAUCCGCCAUCAUUAAAUCCAAGCGAUAAUGAUCCUUGUGCUUUUGUUCACUUCCGAUUUGAAGUUGAUGCAAGACGCCCGGUACUCUAUUGCUACGAAAUUCAGGUUCUAGAUAGGAUUCGUUGUAUGGGACUGGGGCAGAACUUACUCCAAAUUCUGUAUAAAAUUGCUGAAGUCAAUAAAUUAACUCGAGUUAUGUUGACUGUGUUUAAGUUCAAUUCAUCCGCCUAUGCAUUCUUCGGUAGGAAUGGAUUCAAGACUGAUAGCACCGAUCUCUCGAAGGAAGGCAAAUCAGUUGAUUACUCCAUAAUGUCUAGACGUCCAUGA